CCCGCCCUGUGGCUCCGCCCACUGUGAGUUCCCCAAGUUUCAUUUUGUCAACAAUAAUAACCCCCUACAGCCUGAACACGGACUUUUAUACAUUUACAAUAGUGGAUUAAGCUUCAGAACCGCCGGAUCACACAGAACAGAGCCGGUUCUUCUCCUGAGAUCCGGUUCUGCUGGACUGGACCGAGCUGAAAUUUGAUCUGGAGCGAUAGAUCUGCUGUUCUGGGUAAAAGUGCGGAAGACUGAAGCACCAGCAGCAGAGCUGUAACCGAAACCUACAGCCAGCAGGUGAUCUAUACCGUCUAAACACAUGAUCAUGUAAAUCCAGAACAUCGUCUCCUGCUGUAGCGCUUGGUCAUGGCUCUGUCUGCUGUCUCUGGAAGGCUGGAUAGGAUGGAAGGAGAGCAGCAGCACGUGGAGGAUGAGUUCACCUGCCCUGGGGUGUUACGGGGAGCUCUGCAGGACCUGAAACCCACAGUGGAGCGAGUGUUCGGGGUGGUGUUGAGAAUCGGUGGGGAGGAGAAUUCAUACACAGCUCAGGAUGGACAGAUUUGGCUGCAGCUUAAAGGAAGAAAGAGAGACGUGGAGGCAGCAAAGCUUUUUGUGAAAGGAGUUGUGAACCAGGAGGCCCAACAGGAAGAGCAGUACCCUGAAGUCCUUCACUGUGUUUUCUGUGGAGCCAAGAAGUUCUUCAUGGGCUGUCUGAUAAGGAUGACCUCAGCACACAUAGCCGUGGGCUCUCCUGGUUGUCUCCUCAUAUCUGGUUUGGCUGAACCUGUUGUGAAGGCCUACUCCUUAAUCAUGGACUUGGUAGAAAAGUACAAGAACAAUGAAAUACCGGCAAUAGGCGAUUCUCUGGACUCACGACGGGUCUUCAAAUCCCUGGUGGAGAAGCUGGAGGAUGAGUACACUCUGGAUCUGCUGGCGCUUCCAGUCCGGGUAAAAGAAGUUCUUCUAGACUUGGUUCAGCAGUCCGGAGGUGACCUAGGCUCUUGGGAGAGUUCCAGCACUUCGGCAGUUCCUACUCGACUGCAAAUUCAGGAAAACGUGGAUAGAGUAGUUGUUGGAGAACCUGUGGCACGAGUGGAUCACCAUUUUGCUCUCAAACAAAAUCGCACACUUCCAGCACAUUCCCCUCUAUCAGAUUUUCCUCAGACUUCCAAAUCCCACAUGUAUGGUGGGCAAGAUCUUGAUUUGAACAGGAUAGGACACAGAAGGCCAGAGGCUCUAGCAGAAAUUGGUAUCGAAAGAGAACCCCACAAUCAGUUUUUACACUGUGGUGUAGGAGAUGCAGGGUUUAGGACUCGUGCAGAGGGUGCAGAAGGGACAAACCAAAGAAGAGAACAGAUGAAAUUGUUUGGAGAUCCAUCCCAAAGCACGGACAACAAAAGUCGGACAGAUCAACAGGAGGAGAGACUGCCCUCCACUGGAAACAACCCGGAAUACGAGCACCUCCUGAAGUUCUUUACUGCUAUGGGCUAUGAUGAAGAAGUUGUGAACAGGGUUCUGUACCGUACCGGCCCUAGAGAGCCCUCGCAAGUCCUUGACUUGAUCCUUCAAGAGCAAGAUAAAUCAGGAACCCACAGCAGUGCUGAAGCCCCAAAACAGGAGGCCUCGCUUGGGGUCACUAGGGAUGCAGGUUUGGGUGUGAAUGUGAAUGGAGCUCCAGGUACCAAAGAAGACGAUGACUUCGUCUCAGGGGUUGUGAAGAAAGCGGCGGCAAGCUGUGGGUACACAGAGGACAACGUGGCCAAGGUUUACAGCAACUUCGCCGAGCUGAAUCCUCACGAGCUGAUCCUAAGCCUGCAGAAUGUUGGCAGGACGGAUCCUGAGAUUCCUAGAGACGAUGAAAGACAAAGAGUAGAGGAGAUGGAAGAGCAACAGCUCUCAAGGAAAGCAUCAGCCACUCUUCAGAAGGUCAGGGAAGGAGGUUUCGAGGUGGAGAAAAGUAGCAUGACAAGGGAAGAAAAGCACAAGAACGAUAGAGGAACGACUUUACGAGAGAAGACCCAAAAGAACAAGGUAAUACCAGUCAAAGUACAACCAUGGAAUCAAGAGCAAGAGGCUCUCAUGGAACUAGACAUCAACGACUGGGCCAGCAAACAAGAUCUUCCCACACCUCCUGGAAACCAGCCAUUUCCUAACAUUCAUCCAUUUGUACGAGGACCACCUCAGCCCACCUACCCCCCAACUUUUCCUCCCUACAUCUCAGAUCAGCACAUGAUGACCCCUGUAGAGCCUCCUGCCACCAAGCCUAAGCACAAACAGGGAACUCCACCCGGGAAAACAGGGGAAGUCGUCACAGGACCCCAGCGCUUCUUGGAAGGCUUGCAGUCCUCCUUUGUCCUCCAGCUGACAAACGACCCUGGCGAUCCAGGAUUGCGCCAGAUCAUCAUUGAUGGGAGCAACGUUGCCAUGACCCACGGUUUGGGAAAGUUUUUCUCCUGUCGAGGAAUCGCUCUGGCUGUGCAGCACUUCUGGAGCCAAGGCCAUCGCAAAAUCUCAGUGUUCAUUCCUCAGUGGAGACAGAAGAAAGACCCAAAGACAAAAGAGCACCACUUUAUGACACAGCUGCAGGACCUGGGCCUGCUCUCCUACACCCCCUCCAGAGAGGUUAAUGGACGGAGGAUAAACUCCUAUGAUGACAGGUUUAUGCUGCACCUCGCCCAGAAGACGGAUGGAGUGAUCGUAACGAACGACAACAUGAAAGACCUUGUGGACGAGUCGCCGGUGUGGAAAGAGAUCAUCAAGAAAAGGCUGCUCCAGUAUUUGUUUGCGGGGGAUAACUUCAUGGUGCCGGACGACCCGCUAGGAAGAAGUGGACCUCACAUUAACGACUUUCUCCGAGCUCAGAACAGCCCGCCCGUACCUGCCAGCCACUCCUUUGCAGGCGUGGCCUCCUCCUUCCCCCCGCCCACCUCCCAGCCUCGAGCUCACACCGAGGUGCUGCAUUAUCGUGAACGGACACCAGGAGGAGCUGGUAGACCUCAGAAGUCGGGCAGGAGUCCGUCUCCUCCGGGGGAGAAGGUGAAGGACAGGUCGGUGGAGGAGACUCAGCAGCUGAAGCGGGAGCUGGUGAAGAUCUUUCCGGGGCAGGACAGUGUGGUGAUGAUGAUGCUGCAGUGUCACCCAGCCCUCACUGACAUCAACCAGCUGUCCGAAUUCAUCCUGGAGCAGCAGAAGGACACUUAGGAGGAGCAUCAUUGGGAGUUUUAUCAGAAAAAGUUGGAGUGGUGGUCCUCAAGUACGGACACAGGAGGGUUUUGGUGACCAUCUGCUUAUUUCUUCCCUCUCAUCUAUUGUUUUAUCAGCUCGUCUGAUCUUAUAAGACACUCAAUAGUUUUAUUAUCUUCCUUCAUCACUGUUCUUUAAUAUUCAGAACCACACAGGAAAGAAAAACACCACAGAGAGCAUCCUGGAUUAUUAUUAUUUGGGUGAUGGAUCGUUUAUUCUCAGCACUGCAGUGAUUAGCACUGAUUAGCAUGGUGGGGGUGCAUGAGGUGUUAAUGUGUGUGUCUGAUCCACUCCUACCAACACAACACACAUAAUAUAGAUGGAAAAUUGAUAUAAAAACAAGGAGGCGGUCAUAAUGUUAUGCUUGAUAGGUGCACUGUGCAAAACUCUCGCAAAAGGUAAGCAUGGUUGAUAUGGUACUUUUUGUCGUUUAUUUCUUUUCCUUUGGAAGCUGAAGACUUUGGGUCCUAUCUUACACCCUGCGCUAGGCUCAUAAAGAUGCUCAUUGCUAUCUUACACCCAGCCAACAGUCUAUUUUCACACCUUAUUUAAGUUUUUUUUUUUAGCAUUUUCUCCCAAUUUACUGCUGAUGCAGCAUUGCCCAGUUUAAUCACAGCGCACUCUAAGGAAAUUCUGAUACAACAGCUCACAGAUGCCAUGUGCUGAUCCACAUCACCCUUUAGAGUGAUGUGGGGGAAGAGCGCCAUCUACUGUACCCACCCAGAGAGAGACCAAGCUUUCUCACAAUUGUGCUCUCUCAGGGCUCUGGCAGCUGAUGGCAAUAAACCCAACUUUUACAUCAACAAUAAACAGAAUACAGAAUAAAAUAAAAUUACUGUUCCCUUAAAUGAGCUGCUCACGCACUUUCACAGCAUGAUCAAGCAGAUCAGCUUCCUCUGCUGAGAAGCGCAAAAGCACUGCGCUAUUAAAAUUGCAAUAUGCCAAAGUCAGAGCUCACCUGGCUCUUAAAGAGAAUGAUGAGCAUGUGACACGUCGAUUGGUUUAUUUCACGUUGUGCCCAAAAUUAACCACACCCAUGCUUAAUUACGAGAAUUAGUACAUGCCUUUUUCGAGGCGCGCAAGGUGUACUUGUCCAGUCGUUACGAUAGCAAAGCCUAAAUGACACGCCCUAAAUCAAACUACACAGUGCACAUUGAUGGCUUGUCUGUGAUAUGUGUAAAAUGGUUCAGCCUUAUACCAAAUAUAACGUUUAUUUCUAAUAAAUAAUAUUAUUAAAUAUUAGAUCUUUUUUUAUUUAUCAAAUUUUAAAAACAAUAAAACAACCACUGCAAUUAGCAAUCUGGAAACAGUAUCUGACACUGGAAUUUAAAUACACACAAUAGAACAAUAAUAAAGCAUACUUUUUUACAUUCCAGGCUGGUGGAUUUAGCACUAUAGUUUUGUUUAUAUUUCUGUCUGAGGUGUUUAUUCAUAUUUUUCCAUGAUUAGAGGAUGAAUGUGAUUAUUGCACUGUGUGCAGUGUAGAUGAUAUUUCCUCUGCAUCGUGUUCUUCCAACAAAAUGCAAAAUAAUGUUUAUAUUUUUGUUCAAAAUCUCUUUAUUAAAACUCACAAAUCAGUUAUCUGAUUAUCCAGAACAUCCAGUCAGAAGGAGUUCUUGUAGCAGGAGAGUAGCAGCAGUUCUGAAGUCUCAUCAUUACACAAUUAAUAUUGUUUAUAUUAUAUGUUUUAAUUUCUUAUUUUACUGAUAUAUUGAAAUGGUACAAUAAUCAGCAAUACCAUAUUGUAAAAACGCUUUGAUAACUGUCCAUUACAUUAAAUAACACUGACAAAAUUCAAGAAACCACUGUUUUAAUAACAAAGACAAUAUUAAAAUAAAAGAAAACUAUAUACAGGUGUAAUAAGGUAUUUAUGACAAAUAUAAUUACAAUAUAUAAGAAUUGUAAUUAUAUAAUAUCUUUUUUCAAUAACCAUUAUAGUAAUAGUAUUAUAUUAUAAUGUUACGUAUUGUAAGAAUUGGGGUUUUGCUUUGUUUUAAUAAACUGAGAUUAACCAGGUAAUUAUAUAAAUAAUACAGCGAACGCUUCUGAUUCCAGCUUUUAUUAAUUCUGAUGUUUUUUUUUUUUUACAUUCCUGAUCAAAAGAUUGUAUUUUUAAACUAAAUGAUUUAUUGUUUUUAAGCAAUAUUUUUUCAUUAGUGAAUAUUUAUUUUCAUUAUUGCUGUAAAUCAAGGUGGUUAAAUUACAGACCAGCAUUUAUACAUCAGUGUGUUUAAUGGCUUUUAUUCAGUAAUAAAGAAUUGUUUAAUAGUGA